ACAGUCUUGUAUACUUAGAAACCUGCCCAGCUGGUUUUUCACAACCUAAAACAAACCUACUAGGUCUCUGACCUUUUGUACGCCUAUUUGCUCAAAAUGUGUUCCUCGAGACAGUGCAAGUCACGGAGCGUUUACAUUUUGAAGUACAUUUUUAAAGAGAGAAUUAGGGGCGAAGAAGCCCGAUUUGGACCUCGUCGCAUUCCGUAGACGCAUGUAUGUUGAUUACGUCUUAUCUGUUUUUGUUUUGGGGCGGGUAACAUGGCUUAAAUAAAAGUAAAACGAGUCAGCACAGAGCUGGAGAUUGUCGUCAGGACGCGCGGGACGCAGGACACAAGAUACAAACCACACAGGGAGGCCCAGAUUUGAACCACAGACAUCACAAUUGUUAGCCAGAAGGUGGAGUUGAACUGCUAAGUGGACUUCCCACAGGUGGCCUGCAUGACUCAUCCUGCUUCUGCCUGACAAACACAUGGAUGCUCAGGGCUACAAGUGGGUCAGAUGGCGGGUGUGGUUGUGUCACCUUAUCGCCGUGCUGUCCCUUGGCCUUCUCUUGGUUUUGUUUCACUGGCACCCUCGGCUAGCUCUUUGGGCUCGCUGUUGCCGCUGUCCUUUGGCCCUCGCAGAUUUUGUUCUACUACGAGACAAUUUUGGCCAGAAGCAUGUAGUGAAGGUGCUCACUGAGGAAAUGGAGCAGGGCAGUUUGGAUUCAUUGGGUGAUGCAGAGGUUACCGAAUGUAACGACACUAUUCAGCUCAACCAGGAGAAUAAAACACUUCUGCGCUAUUACCUAUUUGAAGGCCUUCGAUAUGUAUGGCUGGACAAGAAGGCAGCUUUCUGUCUUGUGAGUGUCUUCAAUGAGGACUGGACCUGCAAGGACCUUCAUGGCUUCAAAAAUGGUUUGAGUCACCAUGAGCAGAACUUUAGGAGACAAGUAUAUGGGCCCAACCUGAUUGACGUACCAGUGAAAUCGUAUUUUACUCUAUUAAGAGAAGAGGUCCUGAACCCAUUCUAUGUGUUUCAGAUAUUUAGCAUGGGCCUGUGGAUGUUUGAUGAGUAUUACUCCUACUCUGCAUGUAUACUUACAAUCUCGCUGAUCUCCAUCAUUGUCUCACUUUAUGAGAUUCGCAAGCAAAGAGUCACUCUUCACAACAUGGCCCGCUUGGUCACCAAUGUCACAGUGAUAAGGAAGUCGGGAGAGCUGGAGAAUGUUAGUUCGACGGAGCUGGUGCCUGGUGACUGCUUAUGCUUACCCAAGGAUGGUCUGCUGAUGCCUUGUGAUGCAGCCCUGCUGGCAGGGGAGUGUCUAAUCGAUGAGGGCAUGUUGACAGGUGAGAGCGUCCCAGUGCUGAAAACUCCCGUGGUGGAUUCAGAGAAAAAAUAUAGCUCAGAAGCUGAGCGCAAACAUUCACUGUUCUGUGGAACGCACCUUAUUCGGGCCAAAGAGGGGCGUCCCGGAGACGGUGGCGCUGUUGCCGUUGUCACAGGCACAGGUUUUUUUACUGCCAAAGGUAGCUUGGUCAGCUCUAUUCUGUACCCUCAGCCCACCGACUUUCGUUUCUACCGAGAUGCUACAAAGUUCCUGCUCAUCUUGGGUUCUCUGUCUUUGAUUGGGACCAUCUACAGCUUUAUCAUCCUCUCAGGAUACGAAAUGAGCCCAAUUGAGGUGGUGAUCCGGGUUCUGGAUAUCAUCACCAUUGUGGUUCCUCCGGCACUGCCUGCCGCUAUCACAGUCGGUACCCUCUAUGCCCAGCAUAGGCUUAAGAAAAACGGCAUCUUCUGUAUUAGCCCGCCACGCAUCAAUGUCUGUGGCAAGCUGUCCAUGUUCUGUUUUGACAAGACAGGAACUCUGACAGAGGAUGGGCUUGACAUGUGGGGAGUGAUGGAGGGGCGAUAUGACGGUUUUUCGGAGGUUGUGGCUGACCCUAGGCUUCUCCCACGGGGGCCCUUACUGUCUUGCCUGGCCUGCUGUCACACUCUGGCCCUGCUGCAAGGGCAGCCUGUUGGUGACCCUUUGGAGCUAAAAAUGUUUCAAUCCACCGGUUGGACACUUCAGGAACCAGGGGAUGACGGCGGGGUACUGAAUGCGGAGUUUGGUGGGCACCGAGUAUUAGCCGUAACAAGACCUCCUUCAAAGCAGCUACCUUUUUAUGCAACUUCUACAAGUGAGCCUGUAGCGAUUGUGCAGCGGUUUCCCUUCUCUUCCGCCCUGCAGAGGAUGAGUGUGGUGACGGUGGCCUACGGCGGACGCUCUGCUUUAGCUUUCAUGAAAGGCUCUCCGGAGAUGGUCGCAAGCCUCUGCCGACAAGAGACUGUGCCGCCACAGUUCUCAAAGAAACUUUGCAGCUUUUCCAGUGAAGGUCUCCGAGUUCUUGCGCUUGGUUAUAAAACAAUGGACACAAGCAAGGAUCUGAGUUCAACUGAACGAGGGGAGGUAGAAAAAGACAUGCAGUUCUUGGGUUUGCUGAUGCUGAAGAACCUGGUAAAGCCUGAGAGUGCCAAGGUCAUUAGCACAUUGAGGCAGGCGAGGAUUCGAACUGUCAUGGUCACCGGUGACAACAUUCUAACAGCAGUCAAUGUUGCCCAAACCUGCGGAAUGGUGAGCUCUGAUGAGCGGGUCAUCUUUGUUGAGGCCACUGCCCGCGCGGCUCAAACCGCACCCACCCUGAGGUUCACGGCGGAAGAUGGAGACGGCACAUUAAUCACAACCCAGGGUCUCUACCAGGCAGAUUAUGACUAUCACUUGGCUAUUAAUGGGAGUUCAUUUGCUGCCCUCUGUGAUCACUUCCCUGAGCAUCUACCAAAGGUUUUGAUGCGAACGACUGUCUUUGCCCGUAUGGCACCUGACCAAAAAACACAGCUGGUGAAAGAACUCCAGAACCUGAAUUACAGAGUGGGCAUGUGUGGAGAUGGCGCGAAUGACUGCGGUGCCUUAAGAGCCGCUGAUGCUGGGGUGUCUCUGUCAGAGGCAGAGGCCUCCAUUGCUUCGCCUUUCACCUCCAAAACUGAAAACAUCAGCUGUGUACCACUACUCAUAAGAGAAGGUCGAUGUUCUCUGGUCACCGCGUUCAGCCUCUUCAGAUACAUGGCUGUGUACAGCAUAAUUCAGUUCUGCUCCGUGCUCAUCCUAUACACAGUGAGCACCAAUCUGGCUGACCUACAGUUCCUGUUCAUUGACAUCGUGCUGGUGACGUUGCUAGCUAUCGUGAUGGGCAAAGGCGGCCCCAGUGAGGAACUAAGCCCCAACCGGCCUCCGGCCAAUCUGCUGACCUUGUCCGUUUUAGGCAGCCUCUUCAUUCACAUCAGCGUGAUUAUCGCGGGACAGCUGGCUGUGCUGUUCAUCACGGCCUCACAGGAUUGGUAUAUUCCCCUCAAUUCCACAGUGUUUGGGACUGACAACCUACCCAACAUGGAGAACACCUGCGUGUUUUCUUUGUCCGGGUUCCAGUACAUAUUCAUGACAGUGGUGGUCACUAAGAAUUACCCUCACAAGAAACCUCUCUACCACAACGUGAUUUUCCUGUGUUUACUCCUCAUCCUGUUUGCCGUGAUGACCUGUCUGGUGUUGUAUCCUGGUCAGUUUUUCAUGGAGAUAAUGCAGCUCUACGACUUCUCUGACUUCAAUUUCAAGUUACUGAUUGUUGCUCUGGCUGCCCUCAAUUUCCUCAUUUGCUUUAUUGUGGAGAUGCUAGUUGAUGUUGGUGUCUUGAACUAUCUUCGUUGCCUCUGCCGGAAGCGUUUAUCCAAGAAAAAGUUCAAACACCUCAACUCCAUCCUGUGUGACCGUUCAUGGCCCCCCCUCAACCAAAUACUGUACCCCUCGGAGCACACAGUCAAUGGCAUAAACUAGCGAGAAAAAUUCUGAAAAUUGUCAUUUCCACAAACGUUGACACACUACUCAUGUUUUUGGCUAACAGCAUAACUGCACUGGAUAUGAAAUGGGGAAAAAUAUGUUUAUUGCAAACUGUUUCAAUUUUAGGCUAUUUAUAUUUAAAUCUGGGGAAUGCUGUUGGAGUUUUAACCAUGCGUGUAUAUACAUAACUACUUUUAAAGGGACUUCAAGCAAUAGGACAAAUCACAAAUCAAAUUAUAGCCUUAAAUAUGGAACUUACAGUAUAGUCAUCAGAGGAUUUAAUACCACUCAAAAAAUUGGCAUCAAAUUAAAAGAUUAAGUUUGCAUUUAACAUUUUUAAGUUUCAAAUCUAGUGCAGUGAUUAGAACAAAAUAAAAUUUAAAUUGUGUCCAUGUCUUAGUAGUUAUGGACCUGACUGUGGAUAAACGAUUCAAUAAAAUGGUGUAAUGACUUUU